AUGGAGAGCCUAAGAGAGUCUCACAUGCAGCAAAGGUUGGGCCGCUCGAUACUUCUCUUUCCUUUUCCAUUGCAAGGUCAUAUAAACCCCAUGCUUCAACUUGCAAACAUCCUGUACUCCAAAGGGUUCUCCAUCAUCAUAAUCCACCUUCCCUUCAACUCUCCAAAUCCUCUGAACCAUCCUCACUUCACCUUCUAUUCGAUUCCCGAUGGCCUCUUGGAACAUGAGCCUUCUAGUGCAGAGAUCGUGCAUUUGGUGACAGUCCUCAAUAUCAAAUGUUUUAAACCCUUUAGCGAUGGUUUGUCGCAGAUGUUGUUGGAUGUUAAGGAAGAGCCAAUUUCUUGCAUAAUUACGGAUGUCCUCUGGUACUUCACUCAAGCUCUUGCUGACAGCAUUAAGCUUCCAAGGAUUGUGCUACCGACCAUUGACAUUUCUACCUUCCUUGUUCUUGCUUCUCUUCCACUUCUGCGAGAAAAGGGUUAUUUCGGAACCAAAGAUUUUCCACUAGAAGAACCAGUUAUAGAGACUCCCCUACUUAAAGUGAAAGAUCUUCCGGAAGUUAAAACACAAGACCCAGAAGACUUUGAUCAUUAUAUAGCCCGAACGAUGACCGAAAGCAAGGCCUCAUCAGGAUUCAUUUGGAACACUUUUGAAGAGCUCCAGAAAGAUUCACUUACUCGAUUAUGCCAGGACUUUCCUAUUCCCAAUUUCACAAUAGGGAAGAUGUCUGCUGUGAAAUGUUUGGACAGAAGGAAGCGGGCUGAGUUGAGGAAGGGCUUGAAUACGGGCGUGUGGAUGUUAGAGCGUGAGGUUGUGAAGAUGGGCUUCUUUGGGCUGUUUGUUGUGGGCUGA